GAAGGACUUCUGCGUCAGCCUUCGUCGGGACCCCAAGAUGGCAAGUGUGGUGCAUGUGGUGGUGCUUGCUGGUAAUUCUUAUUGGGACAUGCUAUCAGUAACUCAAAAUACCGUAAUAGCUCGUAAUAGAAAAAAGUCUGAGUGGACACUUCAAGAUCAACACAAUGAAAAAGACUCAAACAAUCCUUGUAUGACAGUAUUUUGUUGCAGGCAAAGCUGUUUUUUGGAUGAUAACCAGGAACUUUUUGGCAGUCAUUGCAUUAGUAAGGGGAUAAGAUUAAAUAUUAGAAAACUUUCCAAAGAAAUUCCUCAACUAAAGUGUCACAGUGAAGGCUUACAUUUUUCAGUCUUUUUAAAAGAAUUACUAAAUUCAGAUAGAUAUAAAUUCUUAGUAUUUCAACAAUGGAUAUUAACAUUUAAGCAGAAAUAUUCUCAAGCUGUAGUAAAGAAAUGUAAAGGCCAUUUGUUAAUUUGGUGGACUUUGAAAGAUUCUGUACCCUAUAUUAUUGAUUAUGAAUGGUGCGCUCGAAUGAAUCUUUGUGCUCAAGAAAGACAGCACCUUGAUACUGUCAUGUCAUGGCUCUCUACCCUGGGUGGUGCAUGCUCUGCACUUGGAGAUUAUAGCUCUCAUUUUGCAGAAAGAGCAGGAGCAAUAUCCUUGAAGCAGUUAGAUAUUGCAAUCCGCCUGGGUGAUCCUGGCAUUGUCUCUCGAUGUAAACUCUAUGCUGCGAUAUCCCUCAUUCAGAAGCUUAAGUUUAAGUUAGCAGCAGCAGUGAUAAAAAAUGAAUACCAUUGGGCCAAGUCUUUACCAGAGGAAGUAAGAGAUAAGAAGUUAAUGAACAUGUGUCAUGGCAUCUGGACCAAACUUCGACACGAGCGAAGGCUUUGCCAAAAUAAAAAACAAAACAUGCCUUCCACUUGACGUGGUAAUACUUCGAAGGUAAUUAAGAUAGUAUCCUCGAGGGGUAGCAAGAGUGGCAGUAAAAAUGUACCACAAACUUUCUCAGUUUUUACUAGUAAUGACCACUUUAUACCCUUGUUUUAAAAUUUAUUUUUUAACAGGAAUUUUUUUUAAGCAUUUUGUUAAUAACAACAGCUGCUAAUUUGUACUGUAUUAGGCUGAUUCCUUGAAUAAAAAUUCAUGGAUAUCAAAAUUUUUGGAUUAACUACCCAAAAAUAUGCAUAAUACAGGAGACAUGUAAUAUAUUCAGGUGAAAGCAAUAAGGAUCAUAGAGCACCUGGGAAUUAGAGGGUGUGGGGGGGAUAAUCAGAUUUGAUCAGAGGAGGAGGGCAGCCCCAGUUCUUAGGAUCCAAUGGGGCUUCGGCAGCAUCAAGGCACCCCACUUGAACGUUAUGUAUUCUUGAGAGAAAACACUGCAGAAAGUAUCACAAAAAAAUAAUACCGUCAUUACUGUAUACAGAUUUAUGUUCAUGGGGAAGCAAGUUUCUAAACCUGUAAUCUAUAUUUUACUUUAGAAUAAGGGGCAGGUUUGAUUCAAAGGGGAGGAGGACUGAUUCCUUUGAUCAAGUACCCUUCACUAGCAUGGAGGCACCCUCUUUGAAGCACCAGAUGUGGAUGGCUAAACUGUACUCGGUAUGUUCAUCUCGCUUCACCACUACCUGUACAAGCUUAGGAUAUAUAAAAAAUAAAAAAAUAAAAAAGGCAAAUGCAUGCCUCUCUACAUUGCAGCCACAAAAUGAGCCAAAUUUUUUAUGUAACCUUCAAGGGAGGGUCCUUGAUGCUGGCUCUUAAUCCAUGGAAUUGAAUGUCUUCCCCUUCCUUGAAUAAGCCAGAUUGCCUCCCAAUCCUCAGGCAUUAUAUGAUCCCCAUGGGUUUACCACUUCCCCCUUAAAAUAAAAAUCUGCAGCCAUACUUACAAUCUCCCAACCCUCAGUAAGUAUAUAAAAAAAAAAAAAAAAAAAAAAAUUCUCUGGUGGUUUCCAAACUGUGCUUCCACAGUUGAAACACACUGAUUUGGGUCACUCCCUUAACCAAACAAUAGGCCAUUUUGUAGCUAACAAAUGAGAGCACUAACCACCCGGUGGCCUGGUGGCUAAAGCUCCCGCUUCACACACGGAGGGCCCGGGUUCGAUUCCCGGCGGGUGGAAACAUUCGACACAGUUUCCUUACACCUGUUGUCCUGUUCACCUAGCAGCAAAUAGGUACCUGGGUGUUAGUCGACUGGUGUGGGUCGCAUCCUGGGGGACAAGAUUAAGGACCCCAAUGGAAAUAAGUUAGACAGUCCUCGAUGACGCACUGACUUUCUUGGGUUAUCCUGGGUGGCUAACCCUCCGGGGUUAAAAAUCUGAACGAAAUCUUAUCUUAUCUUAUCUUAAUUGUACUCUGGAAAAAAAAAAAUACAAAGGUUAACGGGAAAGUACUUUCCAGACCCUUGUCUUGUUUGUACCAUUGCUGACAAAAUCAUUGAAGACCCCCAUCAAAAGUGCCAAAACACUUGGUCAUAAAUUUAUUCGUGUUUUCUUGGGCUACAUUUUAUUCCCCUCCUUUCUUCAAUCCAAACCCAAGUAGGAGUCCACCCCACUAGGUUUUGCAACUUAUUUUGAGGACCUUUACAACAUUCCCUUCACACUUAGUGAACCUGAAUCAAUCCUGUCCAUGUGGCUACCAACAGCAGCUGGCCUGAUGGCAUACCUUUGAUAUACCUUUGAAGAAUUUCUAGAGUAUAUCUACUCUCUGAGCCCGGUUUGCAUCCAAUCACUUUCCCUUAACUUUAUCUUCAGCAUCCCCCAAUUACUCUUUCCAAACUUGAUCCAAUUCAUGAUGGGUUACAUUGGAAAUUUUAGGGCUUUCCCUGCUGAGAACUUAUAUGCAGAAGUGAAUAUUCACUCUUUGCAAGAUUGGGGCUAUCUCCAUUGUUUGUCACUUUUUCAACUCUCACAUAGGACAGUGGCAAUUGUUAGUAGGGCUUUUGUCACCCCCAUUUACUAUAAAACUAUACCUCUUCCCUCUCCACACUUGCUGUUGGAUUACCUCACUAUGCUUCCUCCUAAUGUUUACCUUUCUUUUCUUUCCCAGCAAUUCGUGUUUGCUCUUCCCCGCUUCCAUGUGCAAAAGCUUAUUUACCUACUGUAACUUCAUGCUCACACUUUUUUGAUUACUUCUAUUUCCUUUCUCAUAUUACAGUGUACACCAAUGGUUCUAAAUCCCCUGAAGGUGUAGGUAUGCAGCAGUUGUUUCUCACAAAAUCAUCAGAAGUCAUUAUCAUCAUGGGAGUGCUAAAUCCAUAGGGAUUAUACAGUACUGGUGGGGGGAGGGGGGCAUUCAGGGAAUUGUUGUAUGGAUCCAAUUCCAUAGAUCAAGAGCCUCUCACCAGCAUCAAGGAAUCCUUGAGGGAGGGGGAUCAUUAAUUAGAAUUGGCCAGUAUUUUCACAGCCAAGUUAUCGAAUUCUCUUGGCCAUUAUAAAAACUGCAUUUUAUAGGGAUUUGUGGUAUUUCCCAGAAUACCUAGCGCCAUUCACUGACAAUCAGGCCACAGUCAAUACCUUCUUGUAUCAUUUUGGUCUUUCAUGAACUACAGGCUAUCCAAAAAGUUUUAUUGCCCUCAUACUGUCAUCCUACAAAUAAGCUUUGGUUGUGCUGCAUUUCUAAUAAACUUAAUGCUGGGUCUCUGGACACAAUGUUCAAAGUAAGACGGACAGACUUAGUUGCUCGGUUGGCUGUUCAUUACCUUCCAAUUUCUUAUUGGGGUCUUCCUUUCUCAGACUAUAUUUGUCAUCUCGCAACUACUGACAACAGUGGUCCACAUUGGACCACAAUAAAUUAGUGUCAAGCCUUGUUUGGGUUUCUGGCCAUCUCACUGUUUAAGGUAGACUGCCCUUUCUCACUUAAGUAUCAGCCACAUGUGCCUCACUCAUGGAUAUCUCGCAAAUGACCAGCACUGUUCUCUUAGGAUUGCCACGUUGCAGUGCCAAUUCACCAUACGUUAACCAGGGGGCCCACAGAAUUCACUUCUGAUGUCACCCCUGCACCUACCCAAAUUGACCUUGCUGAAAGUCCCACCUUUGAUGCAAAUAUUGACUUUUUAAACAAACUAACCCUUUGCUCUCUCCACUACACCCCCACCCCACUAACCCUUACCCUUGCACACUCCUAACUAUCACUUGUUCCUAACCUCUGCAUAUUCAUCAUCUAGUACACCCUUUCCUAUUAUUAUUCUGGAACAGUGUCCUUUAAUAGUUAGGUUUUAGAACCCUCUACUUCAACACAGAUCCUUUACUCCUUGAUACAUACAUCCGUAAUGCCUUUGCUGAACACCAUAGUCACAUCAAAUCUCAAUAGUUUUUUUUAAAUGUUCCUGCGUAGAGCGCACACUCAUUGUAUCUCGCAUUCAAUGCUAUAUUAAACUUAUCCUGGCUGCCCUGUCCUUCCCUCAGAAUGUUCCACUUUUAAUGCAGAGUCCCUACAAUUUCUUAAAAGUGACACUGAUUUACUGCACCUUCUAUGACUUCAGCUCUUUUGAGUUUACCCUUCACAUUUCUACUUUAAUGUCAGCACAUUCUUUGGUAUGUAGUGUUGAAUGACCCACACAUAAUUAUUCACCACAGUGCUAAAUUUAACAACACAGUAAUAAGCUACAGUGUGUGUAUGUACUGAAUCAACUUACAUCAUACACAUAUACAAAUUUAAAAAAAUAUUUCAGUGACAUUUGUCAAAUCAUUAUAUGUACUCAACAAGAGCUAAACCUGUGUUGGCCAUUGAACACUGCAAUAAACUCAAGGUCAAUGAAUACCAUUCAUUUUAUAGAGCCAAUAUAUCAUUAUACCUCUACCUUUUAACAUCACUUUUUCCAUCCACUUUUAAAUUUUCCCGGAUUUCAACCUAAUUAUAGCUACACAGCUCUUUUACUGCCUACCCUUUGUCUUCCUCUACUGUAAAUUUUAAUUACCCUUUGUUUAUAAAAUUUAAAGAAAACAAUUCCUUUGUGAUAUCAUGCUUUGUGAUAUUGUGCUUUUAUUUCAACUCUUUGCUAUGUUUGACUUUUGUAAAUAUAAUCUGCAAAUAGUAAUCAACCAUUAAUUCUAAAAGAUCUCUUGAGACUAAUAUAGAACAAUAUAUUUAUCUUUAAAAAGGAGCAUACAAACUACAUUAUAUAUACAAUGUGAAUGUAGAUGAUUUAAUAGGUACAUAGUACCCUGCAUCAUAAAUAUGGCAUGUAGAUAUAUACAUCAAAUGUAUGCAUGCAAUUGAAUAUAAUAGUGUGCCAUUACGUAAAUCAGCAUAAAUAGUGUUAUUUACCUAUGAACAUUCACAAUGAUGACUCAAAAACAUACAGGACAAAAACACACAUGUUCAAUAAAAGCUUGAUCCCGUGUUACAGUUUAAAGUAAGGAAAUUAUUUUUAAAUUAAUAUAUAACAAAUUUUUGGACUUAAGAAUAUUUCUCUCUGGAUGGUCUGAUAAAUAGGCAUGCACCACUUUUGCUUAAGUAUGAAAAAAGGUGACAAUAAUAUACUAAAUGAGAUGGAUGGAGUAGUUAAGACAAAUGAUUGUCUUCUCUACUUACACUCUGAAAAUAGGCAAAUUCUUUAGUUAUAAUUAACAGCUGAUAAAUUCUACUUGGUCAUUUUGAAAUCUUUGGUACAGAAAUCUUAUCCCUUGACACCUCAUGAGUUUUAACACAAUUCACUGAAAGUCACAACAAUUAUACAAAGAAAGCUGCAUUGAUAAAAUAAAUCUAUCCCUCACUAACAAAGCUUUCCCUCAUUAACAUUCAUAUAUGAGACAGGUGCUUAUUGAGGAUCUAAAUCCUUUGAAUAGAAAAAUACAGGAUUCAAAACUAUGGCUCUUUUUGUUGACAUCUAAUACCAACAACAUCCUUUCUAAUUAGCAUGUGACACUAACAGCUUCUAUGGCACAGAUUUUUCACUGUAAGCCAGUUUUAACUUUGAAGAGAAAGUAACCAACCAUACGAAGGAAUUACAAGCUGACUACAGAUUAAUAAAUAUUUUGAAAGAGGCAAGAAGAGAAACAAUGGGAUAUGAUUUAUGGUAUCAUGUACUAGCUGUCUUGUAUGGCUUCAGUUGUAUAUUUCUAAGAGUAUAUGAUAAAGCCUUUGACACUUUGAAAAUGCAUUCAAUCUUUGGAUAAAUCUACUGUCAUCUUAUGUCAAAAUAAUAUAAAUAUUCAUAAAAUUAAAAUGUUCUGAUCAGCCAAAUAAUAACCUAGCUGUGUAAAUAUUCAACAGACUAGCUAAAGAACAAUACAUUUUGAAAGUGGAAUGUCUAACAAUAGACCAAACUAAAAUGAUUGAAAUAAAUCAUAAAAUUUGUUUAGAGGAAUAUACAGUCGCAUAAUUCAUACAUUUAAAUUUUCUUAACACAACUGUACUAAAAUUCAUUCUCUUAUUGUUCAGCUUAAUAAUCAUACUGACAUUAAAAUCUUGCAGUUAUUAAAAACAUUUUAAAUGCUGAAUUCUACACAAACUGUGUAAUGUCAAUAUAAAAUUACAUUUAAGAUAACUAAAUUUAUGUACUGAUAUUAGUACAAAAAAAAAAAAAAAAGUACAUGAAAUUAAAUGACAUUAAAGAUCAAUAU